AAGUCUCAUUCUACAGAUCGGAAUUUACUCACGUCGCAAUAAGGGAUUUCACUUUGGGAAAAUGCUGGCCGGUAAAUUGCUCGGAUUUGCUUAUAUCGGCGUGUACUUGUGGACCUCGUUCCUUUUCAGAGAUUCGUUGCAGGGUGAGUACCAGCGGAAGCUCUACAAGGAACUGAUGGAGAAUUACAAUCGGCUGGAGCGGCCGGUCCUCAACGACUCCUCGGCCAUCGUGGUGGAGCUGGGCAUGACGCUGCUGCAGAUCAUCGACGUGGAUGAAAAGAACCAAGUGCUGGUCACAAAUGCUUGGCUGCAGCUGAGCUGGACUGAUGUCUACCUCACUUGGAACCCGGACGACUACCCAGGGGUUCAGAACCUUCGCUUCCCAUCCAGUCAGGUCUGGGUUCCUGACAUCCUUCUCUACAACAGUGCAGAUGAAAGGUUCGACGCCACAUUCCACACCAACGUCCUGGUCAACUCGUCGGGGUCAUGCCAAUACCUCCCACCUGGGAUCCUCAAAAGCACCUGCUACAUCGAUGUGCGCUGGUUCCCCUUUGAUGUGCAAAAGUGUGACCUGAAGUUUGGGUCCUGGACACACAACGGCUGGCUCCUGGAUCUGCAGAUGAUAGCAGUUGACAUCUCAAGCUACAUCCCCAAUGGAGAGUGGGACCUCGUCGGGGUCCCCGGGAAGAGGAACGAGCUGUAUUACGACUGCUGCAAGGAGCCGUACCCCGACGUGACCUUUACCGUAACCAUGCGGCGCCGCACGCUCUACUAUGGCCUCAACCUGCUCAUCCCCUGCGUGCUCAUCUCCGGUCUGGCCCUGUUGGUCUUCCUACUGCCCGCCGACUCGGGGGAAAAGAUCUCGCUCGGGAUCACUGUCCUGUUGUCCUUGACUGUCUUCAUGUUGCUGGUGGCUGAGAUCAUGCCUGCUACCUCUGACUCGGUGCCUCUGAUUGCCCAAUACUUUGCCAGCACUAUGAUGAUUGUCGGCCUUUCCGUGAUGGUCACCGUUCUUGUGCUCCAGUUCCACCAUCAUGAUCCUCACGGGGGCAAGAUGCCGAGAUGGGUGCGUGUUGUUCUGCUGAACUGGUGUGCCUGGUUCCUGCGGAUGAAAAAGCCUGGGGAAGAACAGAAGAUAAUGGGGUACAAGUACAGCCCCCCCCAGCAUCACGGCAGCACCAAUAGCAUUCAGAUGAACACCAUGUCCGGCCAGCCGGCCAACACCAACGGCAACAUGAACAUCUACUUCAGCUACCAUGCCAUGGAGAACCCCUUCUGUCCAUCCAGCACCGAUUCGAGCGUUGUGUGUGGCCGCAACAACACCUCACCCCCCCACAACAGGGAGCACAUUAGGACCCUGGGGGAGAAUGUGCCGGAGAUCGCGAAGAUCCUGGAGGAGGUGCAGUACAUCGCGCGGCGAUUCCGGGAGCAGGAUGAGGGCGACGCCAUCAGCAGUGAGUGGAAGUUUGCGGCGGCCGUGGUGGACCGGCUCUGCCUGGUGGCCUUCUCAGUCUUCUCCAUCAUCUGCACCUUCACCAUCCUCAUGUCCGCUCCUAAUUUCAUUGAGGCCGUCUCCAAGGACUUCACAUAAAUCGAAUGGCUAAGGCAUGCAGAUGGUAGAAAGGAUGUGAAAAGAUCGUAUUAUCUUAUUAAAAUUAUAUACUUAAAAAUGUGGCAUAUAUAUUUAUUUUUACCUCAAUGAAUGUGGUGCUUAUGAGUCUCUUAAUGGAAAAAUUCUGUACCACGUCUUACUCGGAAUUCUCCUCCUUGUGUUUCUAGUUGCACAUUUGUUUGGUUUUUAUUGCCGUCAUUCCCUACAUACCUAAGCACCUUAAUGAGUAGUAGAUGACCACUGUUGGCGAUGUAUUUUACUGUGAGAUGAAAGAUUUCUAGUUAAAUAAUACAGUACUACCUUUAUGAAUUAUGAUGACAUUAUGACGACACAUAUUUGCUUUAAAUCUUUAAUUUGACAUGUUUGCUCUCUGCAAGCUUUUUAUGUUUCUAUUAUUUUUAUGAGUUUUUCUAAAGUCAGUCGAUCAAAUUAAUGGAUUAGACAUCAUGGACUAAAUAUAUCGUGAAAUUAUUCAUUGUUACUUUUUUCCAUUUUUCUUUUACUUCCGACACCGAACAUAGCAAAGCUGGCAAAAAAAAACAACUUUAUUUUUGAGAAAGUACACUUAAAUGAUUUUAGUUUUGGGAAAAGGGAGUAUUAAUUUUAGAACUGUGUGUAGUUUUAUAUUCCGGUAUUGCAGAGAUCAAGCUGAAUUGGGUUUAGCAUAAGUAGGCAUGUUGGUAUCUUGAAGCAUGGUCCAGAAGCAUGUCGUUAGGUGAAAUAUGUCUGAAUCGGACAGGCCAUGUGUGGGUUUCUCUGCCCUAUAUCAGUGUUUCCAACUCUGUCCUUGGAAAACCCCCUGCCAGACGACCCCCCAGGUAUGGAGCUGGGAGGCAGCAAAAACGUGGACUGUCUGGGGGUCCCCGAGGACCAUGUUGGGAAACACUGCCCAAUAGGAUACAAUAGACUGCCUCCCCUUUCGGGGUGUCGAGCGUCAUACCCUGUUCAUCCUGGGGUAGGCGCUAACCUCACUGUGAACCUCCAUUGGACAAGCAGCAUUGGAAAUGGAUGGGUGUUACUUUUGCUCUCUGCAUUGUGCUCAAGCCCUAAGAAGAAGUGCCAAUUGCAGAAGGGAUGGAUGACGUGAGACUGGCUGUACAGGCUGACAUCUUAAGAUAACAUAUUAGGUGUCCUGUAGAUAUUAUACACUUUGCUCAUUGACGAAAUCCAGAAGUAUCGUCUCUCCAUCCUUCCGUUCAAUGCUGUACCAGUGGAGUCCUUUUUAAUCACAAGGAGCCCCUGUUUUGUACAGUAUUUUGUUCUAGUCUUUGUUCUUGCUGGAGAGGCCCAAUGAUGGCACUUCCUCUCACCCCGUUAUGGCAGAGGUGAGUCUCCUUGGGCCUUCUAUAACUCUCAUGUAUUAGAUCUGUGGCAUUGUGGGAAAAAACCAAAGCAUUGUGUUAGAUGACUAGCUGGGAGAUGACAGAUUGCAUUGUGUGGCAGACUGUGGAGUGUGUCAACCUGUUUUGGAUUGUGAUAAGAAAACAUUGUAAGGUGGAAUUUCGAUGUAUACAUCUGACACCGUAUCAGACCAUUUGAGCAAGAAUAUGUAUCCCAUUAAACAUUCAUUAAUCUAUCUUUUAUCUUCUUAUUCUGGUGAGGGAAGUGGGGGCAUUGCUUUGUAACGCUGGACAUUUUUUGAAAUUGCAUUUUAUCUGUAAAGACAAUGUUUGUCUGUAAUGACAAAUUCAACCUACUUUAUAUUGGUAAUUUAUUAGAUUUUUUUUUGAUUGACUUGUUGGUUUUUGUGUCUUUGGGUCUGUGGGCCCAAAUUUGAAUCAGUGGUCAGAUUAACUUGCACUAUGUUUGUGAAAUUAAAGUACCGUGCAUCAGAUAAUCCUCUCUGACAGGCAGGAGUAAUUACAGUAUGUAAUAUCAGAACAGGUAGAACUAUGUUGGAUUCUGCUGAUACGCUGUAUUGCCAAAGGUAUAGGGACUCCCCUCCAAAGCAUUGAAUUCAUGUGUUCUAAUCACUUCCACAGCCUCAGGUGUAUAAAAUCAAGCACCUAGGCAUGCAGACUGCUUCUGCAAACAUUUGUGAAAGAAUGGGUCACUCUCAGGAGCUCAGUGAAUUCAAGCACGGCACUGUUAUAUAAUGUCACCUGUGCAGUCAAUCGUUAGUGGUAUUAUAACAAAGUGGAAGCAAUUGGGAAUAACAGCAACUCAGCCACGAAGUGACAGACCAUGUAAAAUCACAGAGCGGGGACAAGGCAUGCUGAGGCACACAGUGUGCAGACGGCACCAACUGCAGCUACAGACCCUCCAAACUUUAUGUGGCCUUCAGAUUAGCUCAAGAACCGUGCGUAGAGAACUUCACGGAAAUGGUUUCUAUGGCUGAGCAGCUGCAUCCAAGCCUUACAUCACCAUGUGCAAUGCAAAGCGUCAGAUGCAGUGGUGUAAAGCACACUGUCACUGGAUUCUAAAGCAGUGGAGACGUGUUCUCUGGAGUGAUGAAUCGUCCUGCUUUGUUUGGCACUCGAAUGGACAAAUCUGGAUUUGGCAGUUGCCAGGAGUUGGAGGUUCGGUUUGGUCCCUUUGUUCCAGUGAAAGGAAAUCUUAAUGCUACAGCAUUUGAAGCAAUUUUGGAUAAUUUCAUGCUCCCAACUUUGUGGGAACAGUUUGGGGAUGUCCCCUUACCAUUCCAACAUGGCUGCACACCAAUGCACAAAGCAAGGUCCAUAAGGACAUGGAUGAGCGAGACUGGUCUCAACCCGAUAGAACACCUUUGGGAUGAAUUAGAGUGGAGACUGCGAGCCAGACCUUCUCAUCCAACACCAGUGCCUGACCUCACAAAUGCUCUCCUGGAAGAAUGGUCAAGAAUUUUCAUAAAAAUUCCUUAAACCUUGUGAACAGCCUUCCCAGAAGACCUGAAGUUGUUAUCGCUGCAAAGGGUGGGCCAACUCCUUAUUAAAGACAACAUAUUGAGAAGGGGAUGUCAUUAAAGUUCAUGUGUGUGUGUACAGGUAAAGGCAGGUGUUCCAAUAAUUUUGGCAAUAUAGUGUAUGUCCAUUCAAAAUGACCUACUCUGGAAAUGGUUGAGUUCCACAGGGUAGUAAAUUAAAUGUAUGAUAUACAUACAUUGAAGGGCAGUAAGGGCAGCCACCCAUCGGGGUAAGAGCUUCACUCAAGGACCCGUAGGUGCACCAAAGCUGGGCUUGAACCAGAAACCUUCUGCUCGCAGAGGCUUAUCCCACUGAGCCACACACCGACAUGAAAUAACUUAAAAUAUUCGUAAACUAUGAUAAAUAUCAUUAUCUCAUAUAUUUUUCAAAAUUUAAAACCAUUUUGUGGAAUCAUGCUGUAUUUGA